GCCUGAGUUGCCCCAGCCCCAGGUAAUUUCCUCCCGGGGCCUUGAUGGGUUUAUGUAUAAAGGCCCCCUGGAGCUGGGCCCUGGCAGAGGCCAGAGCUGCAGCCCAGAUCACCCAGAAUCCAUGGCUCAACUUUCUGCCCAGAGGCACAUGAAGCUAAAGGUCCUACAGCUGCUGCUGUGGCACAGUGUACUAUGGUCAGGACAAGAGGCCAUUCCCGUGGUCACUGUCAGCUCUCUGCCACCAUCCCUGCCUUUGCCCCGAAGCUUCCUGCUUAAGUCCUUGGAGCAAGUGAGGAAGAUUCAGGCCAGCAGCUCAGCGCUGCUGGAGCAGUUGUGUGCCACCUACAAGCUGUGUCACCCCGAGGAGCUAGUACUGCUGGGCCACUCUCUGGGUAUCCCGAAGGCUCCCCUGAGCAGCUGCUCCAGCCAGGCCCUGCAGCAGACAAAGUGCCUGAGCCAGCUCCACAGCGGGCUCUUCCUCUACCAAGGUCUCCUGCAGGCCCUAUCGGGCAUUUCCUCUGAAUUAGCCCCCACUUUGGAUUUGCUUCAGCUGGAUGUUGCCAACUUUGCCACCACCAUCUGGCAGCAGAUGGAACGCCUAGGAGUGGCCCCUCCUGUGCAGCCCACUCAGAGCACCAUGCCAGCCUUCACUUCUGCCUUCCAGCGCCGGGCAGGAGGUGUCCUGGCCACUUCAUACCUACAGAGCUUCCUGGAGAUGGCUCACCAUGCUCUGAGCCACUUGGCCUAGACCUGAGGAGAAAGCUUUCCAGAUAGUCUAUUUAUCUCUAUUUAAUAUUUAUGUGUAUUUAAGCCUACUAUUUAAAGACAAAGAAGAGAUAAUGGAGCUCUAAGCUUCUAGAUGAUUCUUUCCACUUCCGAGUUUUGUUCUCCUGCUUGGAGCAGAGAGAGAAGACUCCUGUGUCCUCCUGUGGAGGCCAGGGAAGGAGAUAGGUAAAUACCAAGUAUUGAUUCCUGCCGCUGCUCCAGGCACCCAGUUCUGUGGU